AUGGAGGGGGAGCCCUAUUAUCACUUCACCCACCGCGGCACCAGGCAGAGGGCCCUGAGCAGGCACUGGGGCUGGAACAUGAGGCUGAUGAGAGAGCCCAAGGUCCUCUGGUUUGAGCAGCAAACCCUGAAGAGGCGCACGAAGAGAAGUGCCAACGUGGUGCCAACAGAUCCCUGGUUCCAUAAGCAGUGGUACAUGAACAAUGACAUCAAUCCUGAUCUAAACAUCCUCACUGCCUGGAGCAAAGGGUACACGGGGCUGGGGGUCGUGCUGACCAUCCUGGACGACGGGAUCGAGAAGGACCACCCGGACCUGGCUGCCAACUACGACCCCCUGGCAAGUUACGACUUCAACAGCAACGACCCCGACCCCCAGCCCAGGUACGACGCCAGGGACGAGAACCGGCACGGGACACGCUGUGCGGGGGUGGUGGCAGCUGCUGCCAACAACCGGGUCUGCGGCGCGGGGGUCGCCUACAACGCCAAGGUGGGAGGCGUGCGGAUGCUGGACGGGGACAUCACGGACGUGGAGGAGGCUCAGGCCCUCAGCCUGCAUCCCCAGCACAUCCACAUCUACAGCGCCAGCUGGGGACCCCAGGACGACGGCAGCACCGUGGACGGGCCGGGCACCUUGGCCACCAAGGCCUUUUACAGGGGGGUCACCCAGGGACGGGGUGGACUUGGCUCCAUCUUCAUCUGGGCCUCGGGGAAUGGAGGGACCAACUACGACAACUGCAACUGCGACGGGUACGCCAACAGCAUCCACACGCUGGCGGUGGGCAGUGCCCUGGCGGGCGGGCGCCGGCCCCGCUACGGCGAGGGCUGCUCUGCCAUCCUCACCACCACCUACAGCAGCAGAACCACCAGCAGGGAGCAGAUCGUGACCACCGACCUGCACCACGGCUGCACUGACAAGCACAUGGGCAGCUCAGCCUCCACCCCACUGGCCACCGGGAUCAUCGCCCUGGCACUGGAAGCCAACCCGGCGCUGAGCUGGCGGGACCUGCAGCACCUGGUGGUCAGAGCCUCCAGCCCCGGGGCCCUGCGGGCAGAGGACUGGGCUGUGAACGGCGCCGGGCGCCGGGUGAGUCACUACUACGGGUACGGGCUCCUGGACGCGGGGCGGCUGGUGGAGAUGGCCAAGGCCUGGGCAGGGACCCGGCCCCAGAGGAGCUGCUCGGUCAAGGCUCUUCACGCCCCCCGGAACAUCGGCUCCAAGCUCACCAUCUCCGCUGAGGUCUCCUGCUCCGGGAGCUCCGGGCACAUUCUCUCGCUGGAGCACGUCCAGGCCCAGCUCUCCCUGAGCUACAGCCGCAGGGGGGACCUGGAGAUCGCUCUGACCAGCCCCAUGGGCACCACCUCCACCCUGGUGACCGUGCGCCCCUACGACACCAGCCAACAGGGCUACAAGGACUGGACCUUCAUGUCCACUCACUUCUGGGAUGAGAACCCCAAUGGGACCUGGACACUCCGGCUGGAGAAUAAGGGUGAUGCCUUUAACACAGGGCUGCUCACCAGCUUCACCCUGCACCUGCAUGGCACAGAGGAGGACAUGUCUGCCCGGCGCUGGGCCGCGCCACCCGCGCGCUGCCUGCGCAGGGACCCGCAGGGAGCCUGCCAGGAGUGUGGGGGCUCCCUGUACGCCCACCAGAGCUCCUGCCUCUCCUACUGCCCCCCGCGCUACUACGGCCGGAUCCAGGGAGCUGCCACCCGUGUCUGUGCCAGCUGCCACCCCUCCUGCUACACCUGCCAGGGCUCUUCGGCCAACAACUGCUCCUCCUGUCCCCCUGCCCGCACCCUGGACGAGGUCACCCAGUCCUGCUCCCCUGUGCCGGGCUCCCUCCCCCAGGAGGAGAUGCAGAGGGACCUUUUCCCUCUCAUCUGCAGGACCCUGGUCCCCACAGCCGUCCUGCUCACAUACUGUGUGGGCUCUUGCCUCGUGAAAGGUGGCUGCUGCUCCCGGGCUCGGAGGGCAGUGUGA